AUGGGGUUGUGGUGGGUGACAGUGCGGCCUCGGAGGAUGGGGUGGCUUCCACUCCUGCUGUUUCUGAUGCAGUGUUUAGGGGCUCUUGGGCAGCGCUCACCAUUGAAUGACUUCCAGCUGCUCCGCGGCACAGAGCUGCAGAAUCUGCUACAUUCAGCGGUCUCUGAGCCUUGGCAAGAGGAUGUAGCCAAUGCUGAAGAAUGUGCUAGGCUCUGUGGGCCUCUCCUGGAUUGCCGGGCCUUCCACUAUAAUAGGAGUAGUCACGGUUGCCAAUUAUUACCAUGGACCCAGAAUUCCCCCAACACCCAUCUACACCAUUCGGGGCACUGUGAUCUCUUCCAGAAGAAAGACUAUAUACGGACCUGUAUUAUGGACAAAGGGGUCAGGUACCGAGGCACUGUGACCACGACAGCAGGUGGACUCACCUGCCAAAGCUGGACCCACAAGUUUCCUAACGAUCACAGGUACACACCCACCCUCCAGAAUGGCCUGGAAGAAAACUUCUGUCGCAAUCCUGAUGGGGACCCUGGAGGUCCCUGGUGCUAUACCACAAACCCUUCUGUGCGCUUCCAAAGCUGUGGUAUCAAGUCCUGCCAGGAAGCUGCGUGUGUUUGGUGCAAUGGUGAAAAUUACCGUGGCAUGGUAGACCACACAGAGUCAGGACGUGAGUGCCAGCGGUGGGAUCUACAGAGCCCUCACCAGCACCCCUUCCAUCCCAGCAAGUUCCCGGAGCGAGGUUUAGAUGACAACUACUGCCGAAAUCCCGAUGGAUCAGAAAGGCCUUGGUGCUACACCACGGACCCGCAACUUGAGCGCGAAUUCUGUGCUAUUCCCAGCUGUGGGUCCGAGGCGCCCCCAGAUCAGGUGGCCACAACGUUCAACUGCUUCCGAGGGAAGGGCGAGGGCUACCGGGGCACGGCUAAUACCACCACGGCGGGUGUGCCCUGCCAGCGCUGGGACUCCCAGAGCCCGCACCAGCAUGGCUUUUCCCCAGAGAAAUACCCGUGCAAGGACCUGCGGGAGAAUUUCUGCAGGAACCCCGAUGGCUCCGAGGCCCCUUGGUGCUUCACGACUCGGCCGGGCAUGCGUGUGGCCUACUGCUACCAGAUCCAGCGCUGUCCGGAUGACGUUCCACCCGAGGACUGCUACCAGGGCUCAGGGGAGCAGUACCGUGGCUCAGUUAACAAGACACGCAAGGGCAUCCCCUGCCAAGACUGGUCUGCAGAGACACCCCACAAACCGCAGUUCACACCUGCCUCUGCCCCACAACUGGAGGAAAACUUCUGCCGGAACCCAGAUGGAGACAGCCACGGGCCGUGGUGCUACACUUCAGACCCGGGGACCCUGUUUGACUACUGUGCUUUGAGACACUGUAAUAAUGAACAGUUACCAUCCAUCCUGGAACCCUCAGUCCCGGUGCAGUUUGAGAAGUGUGGCAAGAGAGUGGACAGGAUGGACCGGCGGCGCUCCAGGAUGCGCGUGGUGGGGGGCCAGCCAGGGAACUCACCCUGGACAGUCAGCUUACGUAACCGGAAAGGCCAACAUUUCUGUGGGGGUUCUCUAGUCAAGGAGAAGUGGGUACUGACAGCCCGCCAAUGCUUCUCAUCUUGCCAUGAACCUCUCGCGGGAUAUGAGGUCUGGUUGGGUACCCUGUUCCAGCACCCACAGCCCGGGGAGCCAGACCUGCAGCGGCUUCCUAUCACCAAGAUGGUGUGUGGCCCUUCGAGUUCCCAGCUUGUCCUGCUCAAGCUGGAGAGAUCGGUGACCCUGAACCAGCGUGUGGCCCUGAUCUGCCUGCCCCCUGAGCGCUACGUGGUACCUCCAAGGACCAAGUGUGAGAUCGCAGGCUGGGGAGAAAGCAAAGCAGGUACAAGGGAUGACUCUGUCUUACACGUGGCUUCCAUGCACGUCAUCUCCAACCAAGAAUGUAACGUCAAGCACCGAGGGCGUGUCCAGGAGAGUGAGAUGUGCACGGAGGGGCUGCUAGCCCCCACAGGGGCCUGUGAGGGCGACUACGGGGGCCCACUGGCCUGCUUUACCCACGACUGCUGGGUUCUGCAGGGAAUUAUCAUCCCCAACCGCGUGUGCGCCCGGCCCCGCUGGCCAGCCAUCUUCACACGCGUGUCAGUGUUUGUGGACUGGAUUCAGAAGGUGAUACAGCUGGACUAGGCCUGGCCAUGACCUCCUGUCACAGGGACAUAAAGCUACGAUUUCUCUGUAAACCUGUGCACAGUGCUUCUUAGCUGCUGCUUCUAGGGAAUGAGUUGCUGAUUUCUUUCUCUUUCUCUUUUUUUUCUGUCAGUUGUGGGGCUUGAACUCAGGGCCUG